GAACAAUGUAGCGGUCAACAUAGCGAACGGUUCCGACAGCAAUGCAAAUUACAGCGUAGAUGGUGAGUUUGGCGUACAAAUUAACAGCGGGGCCAAUGCCGAGUCAGAAAAUCUCAAAGUGAAGUUGCUGGAGAAAGAAAUCGAAAUGUUGAGGCUGAAGCUGGCAAUAGAAGAGCAAAAAAAUACGCACACUGUAGCUAAAGAAUUUCCCUUCGAUACAAUAAAGCAACUGGUGUCGGAUUAUUAUGGUAGCGAAAAUUUUGAGAUGUGGCGUGCCCAAGUGGUGCACCUGCUAGAGGACCUGAAAGUAAACAAAGAAACGCUAGCUUUAGUAGUACAGCUGAAGUUGAAAGGUGCGGCCGCAACGUGGUAUAACACCAACAAGAUGUUUUUAAGGAGUCUAGAUGCCGUGCUUAAAGAGAUGACUGCAAUAUUUGCACGUAGUGACAAUCUUCUGGUUACGCGACGCCGUUUCGAAAAACGCAGCUGGAGUUAUGAAGAGUCGUUUGCUAACUAUUUCAAUGAAAAGUGUUUGCUAAGCAGCGGUUUGAACCUGGUCGACACGGAGCUAGUCGAAUAUAUAAUCGACGGUAUCCCAGAUAAGCAGUUACAGGUCCAGGCGAAACUGCAAAAUUUCCCAACAGCCAGCAGCUUGGUGAAGGCGUUUCGUACAAUUGAGUAGCCGCAACGUUCAUCUCCAAGGCCCAGCGAGGACAGAGUCAGGUGUUACAACUGCAACAGUUACGGCCAUUUAUCGAGAGAGUGCAGAAAAGCAAAGCGCGAAUUAGGUACCUGUU